CUUCAUCACACAGUGCACCCUCGUCGGCCCCCUGCCCACGGCUCUCCUCGCAUUGUCCCAUCUCAAGAAUCUGGAUUAUCGACAUCCAUACACUCCCUUGCUCCCCGAUUGCAUGGACCUCAGCACCGCCUCUCACGGCGAUUUCGAAGGGCUGGGCAAUCUGCAGCAGCUCACUCGCCU